AUGGUGGCUGCAAAUCUGUGCCUGCAGUCUGCACUCUCUGAUCCAUACUAUCUUCCUUCCACAAUGGCCAUAGCAUCUCUACUUCUCGCAUGGCAGGUCAAAGAUAAACCAUGUCUCGUCAUUGGUGCGGGAGAGGUGGCAUUGAGUCGUGUAGUCCAUUUGGCCAGGGCCAAUGCCAAGAUCACAAUCGUCUCAGGACCAUAUGUCCAUCCAAAGUUGGAGGAAAUGAACAAAGAGGGCAAGAUCCACCUGCUUAUUCGUAGAGGCUACAAGCCGGAGGAUCUUACCAUGUACGAAUCUUCCGAUAAGCUAGACAUCGCCUCGCACAAAGACAUCACCGAGGAACACUUUGCGCUGAUAGGCAAAGCCGUCUUCGAGGAGCACUUUGCAUGUGUGUGUUGCUGCAUCGAUGACCCGGAGCUCUCUGCUGUAGUAUACCAUCAAUGUAAGUAUUUGAGACUUCCCGUCAACAUCGCUGACAAGCCGCCUAUGUGCGACUUCUACUUCGGUUCGAUGUACACCGACGAUGCGGUGCAGAUAAUGAUCAGCACCAAUGGAAAGUCGCCACGGCUCCUGAAAAUGAUCAAAGACGACAUUUCUCGUCAGUUUGCGGGGUUGGAUUUGAGUUCAGCGGUCGAUAACUUGGGUGAUGUCAGACUGAGAUUGCGCGAGGUGAAAAUUCCCGGAACAGACCUUGACUCGAUUGACAAACGGAUGGAGUGGAUCAAGGCUCUCACCGACUUUUUCACACUUCGACAAUGGAGCGUUCUAGAGUUGUCUCCUGAAGCUGUCGAUAAAAUCAUACACACCUAUCCAGAGUUUCCUCCUAGAGACUACGAAGAGUUCAAAGACUUCAUCAAAUCUUCCGAUGAAAAAUAG